UCUAAAUUAAAAUCCAUAGAAUUUUUUAAUAAUUUGUCAAAAUGUAGUUUAAAUUAUACUUUUUUCAAAAAUAUAAUAAAAAGUAUGGGUCACCAGGCUUUUUUUCAUGCUACAGGUUGUGCAAAAUUGUCAGAUUUUGUAUAGAUUAUGCAUGGAAAACCCAAUUUUGUGUGAUGAAAAGAAAACUACACCAUAGAAUUUUAAGAUAAAAUAUGAGCAGAUAUCAAUCAUAUUAUUAGGGCUAAGAGAAAGAAAAAAUGGGGUCACCGAUUUAGUUUUCUUACUACAUAAUAAAAUAGGUAAAUUCACAACACAUUCUAGUAUAAAAGUUACUUUAUAUUCCACAUAAGAAAAUGCCUGUACCAAGUCAGGAAUAUGACAGUUGUUAUCCAUUCGUUUGAUGUGUUUGAACUUUUGAUUUUGCACAGUGGAAAAAAAAAUGGGAAAAAAAAUAGUCUGUAAAACACAUAAUUUUCUAUAUAAACAUCAAAAGUCCUACACAUGAAUUACAUAUUACUCUCAAAAUUUGCACAUUUCAUUAAAGAUCUAGAUUGAUUGUUAUCUGCUAUUUCAAAAUCCAAGAUGGAGGAAGACACCCUAGCUAACUUAAGCAGCAGGAUUAAACUCUUCAUUGGUAGGUCUAUAAAUACAGUGGGAUUAAAUUCCUUUUAUUAAGUGGUGUGAGUUUGCAGACUUAUUUAGCAGGGUUUCAUUAUUUGUAGAAAGUUGGGGCAAGUUGUCAUUUAUAGAUUAAUAUGAGUGUGGUGUUAACUGAAAGAGGACUAAGUUUACAUCAUUAUUUUCAUAAUUCUUUUAAGUAAUCAGGGUAUCAAUUUUGUGGGAAUUUGUACGCUCAACAACAUGGCAGUCUCCGUGAACAGGGGAACGUGCAUUUGAAUACAACUGUUGUAAAAAAGUUAACUAUUUUGUAUUUACAUUUUUUACAUUUACAUUUAAUCUUGGAUGCAGCCAGUCACAAGUGCAAUGGUGAACCAAUGGAAAUCAUUACCAAUUGGAUCUGAAAUACUGACAAGUACUUGAUCUGCCGAGGGUGAAGAGGAGGGGCUAGAUUGUAACCUUUGGCCAUGAAGAUGCAGUUUAUUAUGAGGCAGGUGCAACCUGAUGGAUUCCCUUAAUCUAUUGGUGCAUGUUUGUUUUAUUUAUCAUAAUACUGUGUUGUAAUCAUACACAAAUUGGGAGAAAUCUUAUGCAUUUAUCUGGCUUGACAGUGAGCUGAAUAGAUAAAGUGCUGGUACAUGUCAUCACUUAGUAUGAGAUAGACUAUCAUAACGAAAUAAUGUUAGUGUGCACCAAUAUUCUUGCACAUGGAUUUAAAAACAAGGAGGUUAUUUUACAACUAAAGAAUUUCAUCUUUCCAUAAGAAGAAAGUAUUUCAUAUGUUUUCCUGCACUGAACAAAAUGGGAUAGCCAAUUCGUAAUGUGUUCACUUGGUUAAAUGUAAUACUUCAAUUUUAUAUUGAAGUGCUGUGUUUAUUGUUGUACUAAACACUUCUUGUUAUUAUUUGUUAUUUGGUUAAUUAUGAAUACUAAUAAACAAUAUAUACUCUGUUAUAUGUUAUUUUUUUGUUAGAACUCUAAAAUUCACUCACUAUUAACAUUCAGGUUGUUAUUUUAUGUGGUCUAUGCGGUCAAUACUCUUGUUAAUUCAUGUUUUACCUUAACACAAUACAAUGUAUUGUAUGUCUCUGGUCAUAUCAAAAGGUAUAGUGACUUCUUGAUAUAUUAAUUGUUACUUAUGUUGUUAAGAUUUGAUAUUUAUGAAGUGCUUCCAUUGUUAAUAUCAAGUUAUAGUGACUUCUAGUCUAGGUGCUCUGCAAUUAUUUCUACAUAAUUAUUUUUGCCAAAUAAUUUACAUAUGAUAACAUUUGGUUCAUUUAUAAUCAUGUUAAUACUUUGUGCUAAAACAUUAAUGUAUUAAGAAAAGUUGUUUGGUGGUAAUUGUUAACCUUGGGGAAAGUUUUAUUCUGUCCAUGUUUAUUCAGAAACUUUUUUGAGUGAAGUAUUGAAUUAUUUAUCAAUAAUUACAUAUUAAAGUGUUCAUUUUUUGUUUUGCCUUUGACAUUAUGACUAGUGGAAGCAAGACUUAGGCCUGCUGUUUCUGGUGUUAGUGGUAUCAGUUGUUAAAGGUAGUGAUUAGCUUACAGGACAUAUCUAUAUAUGUGUUCAUAUUUUAUUAAAUAUGAAUUAGUUGUUAAUACUCAUUUACAAUAAUACUAUAUGUAAUUAUUAAAUGUAUAUAGAAGUACAUUGAAUACUUGUUAAUUGUAUUUUAAUGGAGGUCUUUAUCUAGUCAAAAAACUUUUUUUUACUGAUUUCAGUCAUUUCUUUAUACAGUUUGAGGAAAUUGACUAUAUUAAUGUUAUAAACAAUAGUUGUGAUUUAUUGUACUCAUACAUUUUGUUGUUGUUGUAAUUUGUUUGUAGGAGGAUAUUAUUGUUUAUUUUUUUCAAAAAUUUUACAUUAUCAGCAUUAAAUUGACAACAAUUAAUUGAAUUCUUAAAAGUCGUCAACAUAAUUAGCAUUAGUAAUAAAACGUCAAUUACAAUAAUGCAUUAAUUCAUUGUUUUCACUUUAAAUUAUUGUUAAUUUAAAAAAAAAAUUGAAUUUAAGAGGAUUUACAGCUUAAAAAUUAUAUAUUGUAACAAGAUCUAGUCUUAGUCUGCCUAUUGGACCAUGUAUACCUUUUAGGGUAAUUACUUGACAAUUUAUUUAUUAAAUGUUACAAGAACUAGUCAGUUGACAAUUAUUAUUGUUGUUAUUUAAAUAUAAUACUGAGUUAAUUUAUUUGUUUUUGUGUGUGUAUUUAUCUUAGUUUUCAAUGUAUGAGUAUUUUUAUUACUGGUCAUUAAUAUUGUAACCUUUUUUUACAGUUAACCUUUUGAUGUAAAUGGGGUUUACUUUUUACAUGUAAUUUGUUUUGUAAAGUGAGUCUUUAACACAACAAUGAUUUAUAUCAUGUAAGAUAGAAGUUUUACUCAGUCUUGACUUUAUCAUACUUAUUUAGACUGGUUUCAGUAUUUAUAGCAAUUAUAGGAACUGUAACUUAACCUUAAAUGAUGUUUGGUUUAUGUACACCAUGGUCAAGGUUUCCAAUUAAUCCAAAGCAGUUCAAUUUUAGACUUUCUGUCAUGCUUUUCACAAUGUUAUUUUUCCUUUUCUUCAUCAAUUAUGUAAAUGAACUGCCAUCAAUAUUAUCUUUACCACAAGAAACUGAAUCAAUGAGAACACUGUAUAAGGACUGUAUAGUACAUAAAGAAGAAGUCAUGGGACAUAUCACUUUUACUGUUUUCACUUCAUUUGAUUAUAUUGAAUCAAAGUUCAUAGCAAAUCAAAAUGCUUUAAAGAACUGGAAGGCUAUCGAAGGUGUCAAAAACUUUGUUCUUUUUACAAACUGUAGUAGAGCACGUAAACUUGGUAAAUCAAUGAAUUUUGUAGUACUACCAGUUAUGGAUUCAGCAAUCGAGGGAGUUCCUGUCUUAAAAUCAAUGUACUUGAAGGUUUUAGCCUUGUACCCUACAUCAUAUAUAAUGUUUUCUAAUGCUGAUAUAAUGUAUGAAAUUGAUUUGAUGGAAACAGUCAGAUUUGUGAACAGUUUUGUACAGGAUGAAGGAUUAGCAAGGAAACCUGUACUAAUUGUUGGAAAGCGAACAAACUUGGACAUUGACAGUGGCAAAAAUGAAUCAUGGAAAAGUCUGAUUAAAAAAUCUGCUACAUUAGGAACAAAGUUUAAUGCUGAUGCACUGGAUUAUUUCAUCGUUGAUAGAAAGUUUCCUUGGAAGGCAUUUCCGAAGUUGGUAAUUGGACGUGUUGGUUAUGACAACUGGAUUGUAGCAUUUUCUCGUUAUAAGAACUUCACAGUAGUAGAUGCGACAGGUUCGAUAUUGGCAGUACAUCAAACUAUCAAUGGUGCAAACUUUGAAGGAUUCUCACACCAUCAUUUCUCAUACAACCGUGACUUAAUAGCAGAAUCACUGCCUUCAUAUCAGUAUGCAUUAUGGGGUAGGACAGAAUGUUGUUACUUAGCAACUGGCCAUGACAGUUGUGGUCAGCUGUAUGUCAAAAACAGAACUUUAGUGCCACCAUAUUGUUUUCAUCAUAACUUUCUACAUGAUAUUAAAAAGCUUUUCAAGACACUGUUCGGGUUAGGAUGUACAUGAUGUUUAAUUAGGCUUUUCAGCACAAUUCAUAAUUAGUUAAUUUAUUAAAUGUCCGUCACCAACAGGUUGUCCCUUAUAUACAAACUAUAUUUUUUCAUAUAGUUUGGUGCAAAAUCAAUUUUCAUCACAAUCGUAUCUAGUGUUUAUUAUUUUUACUGAUUUCAGGUAUUUAUUUAUACAGUUUUAGGGAAUUGACUAUAUUGAUUAAUAUAUUAUUUAAACAAUUGUUGUGAUAUUUUGUACCCAUACAUAUCUGUUCAUACAUUUUUAUGUUUUGAUUGAUUUUGCUUGUUUUAAUUUAUUUUGCUUGUUGAUGUAAUCAAUAGAGGGCAGUUUUGUUUAUUCUUUUUAUAAAUACAUAUAGUUGAUAUGUUACCUUGAUUGGGUAGUUGUUAAUUUAGUUAAUUAUUUAUUACUUUACAUACCAUUAUAUAAUAAUAGAUGUUCUCUUUUAGGAGUGAUGUAUUUACUGCAAUAAGCAAUCUUGUUAUUUGAAAUUGAAUUCUGUCUUGUUAAAUGAAUUGAGAUUACUUGUUUGUGUCUUUUGUUAACUUAAUUUAGAGAUUAUUUUUUGUUUCUUUUGUUAACUGAAUUUUGAGAUAAUUUUUUGUUUCUUUUGUUAACUAAAAUUUUGAUAACUUUUUAACUGAAAUUUAAAAAAAAAAAUAAUACUCAAUAUACCAUUUGCCAGAUAGCUUUCUGACAUGGUAGGAUUAUUUAUCAUCAUAUUCUUUUCACUCACCAAACUAUACAGUCAUAUUGAUUUGACAACUUUUGCAAUAGAAAUGGUACUUUAACCAUUUUUUUUUAUUAUUAUUACAUAAUGACAUCUUUUAAAUGCAACUUCUUUGAGACUUUUUGACAAAAAGAUUUCAUACUUACACAUACAUAGGAUUGUUUAUCAGUAUGUUUUGGUUGACCAUACUCUGUUGUCAUUUUGAUUUGACAAUUUUGUAGGAGUAUGGGGACUUUGACCAUUUUUGUCCCUUGCUGCAAUGCAUUGUGGGGGAUAUAGAAAACCUGGUUUGAAUCCUGUAUCUGUUUGUCAGGUUUUGUAAGCACUCUCACAAUUCAUUUCUUGCCAGAUUUUCAUAAAACUUAUAUCAAAUGUUUUAAUCAGCAAUGUCUUGGAUGGAAAGGAAAAUCAUUGCUAAUCAAUUAUUUUUAAAGAAGUAAUGUCACUUAGAAAUGUUACAUUGCAUUUUAAGUGCUCUCAAGCUUACCUUUCUAGUAAGAUUUUUAUGAUAUUCAUACUGAAAGUUUAUAUCAGCUAUGUCCUGGAAAAGUUCAGAAGUCAGUGCGGAUCAACUAUUUUUAUAGGAAUUAUGUCACUUUGAAUUAUAAUUAAAAAAUAGCUUUGUCACCACUCUCAAACCUACAUAUCUUGGCCGAUUUAGGAAUUUGUAUAAGCAAGGUCUUGGACGCGUUUGAUAAUCAGCACUUGUAAGCUAUAUUUCACAGUAAUCCUUGGUAGUCAAAAUUAUAGGGCAAAUUGUGUGGUUUAUAGUGACUUCAAGGCAAGGUUUCUUAAGGAUAUCUAUGAAAAAGUUUAAAAGAAUCAAGAAAAAACUAUAUUGGAAGUAUUGCCCUUGAACAUAAAAUAUAAAUAUGGGUAUCAGUGGUGGACAUUAGAAUGCUGUUCUUUUGUUACACUACAUAAUGACACCUUGUGUCCACAACUCUGAGACCAUCUGACAGAAAGCUUUCAUACUUGUUUGUAAUCAUGUGUAAUUCACCAUGCUAUACCAUUAUUUUUAUAUGACAGUUUUUACGGGAGUUGUUGGACUUUCACCAUUUUUAGCUCACCUGGCCCAAAGGAUAAAGUGAGCUUUUCUCAUCACUUUGCGUCUGUUGUCCGUUAACUUUUACUAAAAUCUUCUCCUCUGAAACUACUAAGCUAAAUUUAACCAAACUUUUCAACUAUCAUCAUUUGGGUAUCUAGUUUAAAAGUUGUGCAGAUCAGCAAGACAAGAUGUACAAAAAAAUCCACAUUGCCGAAAUAAUCCAAAAACUUAUUGGAGUUAAUGCCCUUUAAUGAUGAUUUUUACCAUUUUUGUCUUAUAUCUUAAAAAUAAUAAAAGAUAGAUGGAAACUUCUAAAGUCAAAAUUAGCAGCAAGACAAGAUCUACAAACAAGUCGACACUAUUUUGGAGUUAUUGCUCUUUAAUGACAAUUUUUAGAGAUAUUGCCUAUCAAAGUAAAAUCUUGAAAACUAUAAUGGAUAGAUAGACACUUAACAUAGCAAAACUGAUCAGCAAGACAAGAUGUGUAUUGUCUCUGAUUUGACUAUUCUUGCUUCAGUUACAGAAAGUACCUAUAAAUUCACUGAAAAAAUUUCUAAAUAUGUUGUCUUCCCCUUUGUUAUGUCUAUUGAGUGGCUUUCACCUAUAUAAAAAUUUGGUAGGCCCAUGACUGUUACAAAAGAAAGGAGAAAUAGAACUUUAUUUUUAGUGAUAUUUUGAACAAUGUUGUAGUGCUUACUUUGAAUAAAUGUGUAUCCUGUUUUAACAUUAUGUUUAUUGAUGUAUAGUUUAUUGUCAUGAUAAACUGAUACAAUUCUUUGUCAUCAUUUAAGGUUGUAUUCUGUAUUCUGUGAUUGGUGCUAAAUUAAGGUUCAAGCAAAUAUGUAUGUUAUUUAUAUUUGAGAUAUAUGCAUUUGUUUUUUUAUACAGCCAAUCAUUUUGUACCAUUCUUCCUACCAAACAGAUAACACCAGCUAAGUUAAUUAUUCCCAUUUCAUUAAUGUAACAUUGGCGUUGAUACCAUGGUACAUGUCCUUUAUUUUUUCAUGAUACUAAUGAAUUAGUUGAUUUCUAUAACAUAUUCUUUGGUAAUUUACCUUAAGUUGUAAAGUAAUUUGAAUUUGAAAAUAAUAAUCACUUUUUGUGAUGGAGUUUUAAAGUUGAUUUGUCUAAAUAACUGUCUUUUCCAGAUAUAUCAGCUACAUAUGGUUCUGUUUUUGCCAUACAUGCAUUGCAAAAACAUUAAAAGAAUCCCUGAAAUUCUAAGUUUAAUAAAAAUCAGGUAAGAGUAAAGAUCGUUGAUUUUUUUUAGCUUACCUGGCCCUUAAGUGAGCUUUUCUCAUCACUUGGCGUCCGUCGUCGUCGUCCAUUGUUGUUAACUUUUACAAAAAUCUUCUUCUCUGAAACUACUGAGACAAAUUUUACCAAACUUGGCCACAAUCAUCAUUAGGGUAUGUAGUUUAAAAAUUGUGUCCGAUGACCCCGCCUGCCAACCAACAUGGACGACAUGGCUAAAAAUAGAACAUAGGGGUAAAAUGCAGUUUUUGGCUUUUAUUUCUGAAACUAAAGCAUUUAGAGCAAAUCUGAUUCGGGUAAAAAUGUUUAUCAGGUUAAGAUCUAUCUGCAGUGAAAUUUGCAGACGAAUCAGACAACCUGUUGUUGGGUUGCUGCUCCUGAAUUGGUAAUUUUAAGGAAAUUCUGCAGUUUUUGGUUAUUAUCUUGAAUAUUAUUAUAGAUAGAGAUAAACUGUAAACAGCAAUAAUGUUCAGCAAAGUAACAUCUACAAAUAAGUCAACAUGACAAAAAUUGUCAAUUGACCCCUUAAGGAGUUAUUGUCCUUUAAAGUCAUUUUCUGCAUUUUUUAGGUGAUUUUUGUAAACUUUUUCAAAAAUCUUCUGCUUUUAAUUUAACUUCUGGGCCAAAUUAAACCAAACUUGGCCUCAAUCAUCAUUAGUGUAUCUUAUACUAUUUAUUAUGAUUUUAACCCUAUUAAACAUGAUUUCCAAAACCACAGUAGAUGCAGGUGAGCGACACAGGCUCUUGAGAGCCUCUAGUUUAUUUUAAGAACAGGUUCAAAUCAAUCAUGUAGAAAUUAAGCUUAACAAUGAAAAAUUGUUCAUGCUUUAUAGCAGUUCAUUUGACUAUAUCAAAUUCCUAUAUAUAUUUUUUUUUAAAGUGUCAGAUUUUUGCAACAAAAAUGAUAUCCAUAAAUCAAAUGGUUAGCCCAUACUUUGGAUCACUAUUAUAACAUUGAAAAAGUUUUUUUUUUUGGAAAUGUGAUAUACAAAUUGUUUUUAACACCAAUUCAAAAAAAUCACAAUAUUGACAAGAAAAAAAUGUCCUUUGAACAAUGCUACAGAAUACAAAAAAAUCUCCUUGAAUGAAUAUUUUUAUCUGUAAAUUUAUACCUGAUUUUAUUGAUAAAUAUUACAUAAAACUUGUAAGCUUAGACUUUAAGAUCAUUCCUAUACAGAAUUUGAUGUAUACCCCACAUUUACUUUUAUUCUGAUCCUUUACCUAGCUGGUUAUAUCUGUUGACAGUUGGAAAUUAGUACGGAGUUUGAGAACUGGAAUAAUUUCAGAUGAUUGCAAUGGGAUGUAUGUUAUUGUUCAUUAAACUGGGUAAUGAUGUUAAAGUUGAA